UGUCGUUGCCAUCGUUUCUCUCGAGGAGACGUAAUCGCCUUCUCAGACCGACACGAAGUCCUCAACGAGUCCCCAAUUAUUUUUAUAAUAUACGGGUCGUGCAGUGUCAUAAAAUCAGCAACCACCACGGGGAUCGCUUGGCUUCACAACAUCACCUCUCAAGGUGAGAUGAGCAACAGCGGUGGAUUUGGCGUCGGCGUCGGCGUUGCCGGCGGGCCGACGCUCGCAGCCGCUCAACAGGGUCAAGGGGUGGCCGCCCUUAUGGUGAUGCUCGCCGUCCUGUGCUUCAUCUUCGCGUACUGUUGUUGGGGUGCACCUUUCUGCCGAUCGCUAUGUAGACGGCAUUGCUGUUGUCGUCUGGAAGAUCCCGAUCCAGACCCACGGUUCGGCGGGAGCGAUCAGGCUAUGGUCGCGACGCCGACGAUUAUUCUUCUGCCGCACGGCAGAAUGCUCGUCGUCGAUGGGACGAUUUUCACACAGUUUCAGACCGAUCCCACAGGUUUAGAUCUGGUGGAACUUGGCGAUAGCGUGUUACGCGCUCAGAGAAAUCCACGAAGCGUAAAUCGUCAUCAGUUACAGAGCAGUCAAGGCAGUAUUCUCGAAAUGGACGCCGAAACACCUAGCAAGGAUAGCUUAGGUUCUGUCGGAUGUUUCCCGCCACCUACUUACGAGAGUAUUUAUGGCAAAGAGGAAACCGAUAUGCCUCCCUCUUAUUCCGACAUUCUCUUACACAGAUUUGCCAAUUUACCGCACGAGAUCGAUGUGCACGAUUACUGCCGAGACGGCAAGGAAGAGAUCGAGAUGCAGAGCCUGGACAGCUGUCCGCAUAUCAUCGGAAAUCCAUUGAACUCGAUGCCCGGGUAUCACCCUUACGCCACCGUGACGAGUCUGUCCAGUCUGCAGAGCUAUCCGCGACGGAACGUUUCGCGCAAUCCGUCCAUUAUCAGCAACCCGCUGGACAGUUUUUACGUGGACAAUGAGCUCGGUCUCUAUCGACUCAGUCGGGAGACAAUGCCGCGGGUCUCCAGCAACGACGCGAACCUCGAGACCUUCCGCGUGUCUCACGACGAGAUGUCGUUUCGCAUUCCGGUCGACGAGAACGAGAAUCAUCGACACGCAGGCCGCAACAAUCAUCAGGUCGUCGGCAACGAGUUAAUGAACACGAGGAAUCACGCCCGCAGCGCUUCCAGGCUGAGCCAGGACAGCCGCAGAAGUUCGUUGAACCGCGAUGGAGAUCAACAUCAGAUCUUCGUCAGGUUGCCCGAUCCCGAAGAGAUCGAGGCUACGCGAGACAGAUGUAUCGACGAGGAUCAGCGAUCUCGGGCGUACCGAGAUGAUCAGAACGGCAGCAAUUUGCCCUUGGACCACUCCCAAAUGCAAAACGAGAUAAAUUGCAACAUCGUUAACGACGAUCCCAGGUACUUCGCGAGGAACAGGCGACUGGAAGAUGAGGGCAGGAAUCAGGAUGAGGCCGAGGGGACGCAAUAUCCCGACGAGGAGGCUGGUAACUUCGGCGCACUUGCCGAUAUUCGCGAGAGCAGAGUGUAGAUCGUUUUAGACUUUUAAUUAUGUAAUUGUUUCGAGUGAUUGUUAAAAAGGGCUUAAGCCGGAUAUCAAAUUUGAAAUGUUUUAAUAAUACACCGAAAGUUUCUUUUGGAUCUCCUUCUGAUUUCAAAUGAGACAUAAUUUGUAUUUAAAAAACAAAUAUUUGUGUCCGAAAAAUUAUGUUCGUUUUCCUUAUUUUUAUUAGAGAAAGCUAUAAUAUUCUGUUUUGUAAUUAAGGCUGAUGUUUUGUUCAUUUAAUGAAAAGGAAUAUCUAGGCUCAAGCUCUUUAUACCACGUAAAUUUGAUAAACGUUAUACAAUAUCUCGCACGGCAAAUAAAAUUGUACACAGAAAGUCGCGAUAAGUAGAAAAAUUGUGACAAAUUUCUACGUUAAAUUAACAAGAUAUUCAAUCGUGUUACAAACAGGUUGAUAUCCAACAUCAGAGAAUUAUGUCGGAAAGUUAUGCUUACAAGAUAAAUAUUGCAUUGUGCAGAAAAUAUAAGACAAUGUUAUAAAUGUAUAUGUAUAUGUGUG